UCAAGCCUGUUAAUCAAACGCACACAGAGAUGAAAGACAUCUCAGCGGAAACAAUGCAGAGAGUACAUAUCUAAAGCACGCUGUCGCGCGAAACUCCGCUGUAGCAUGAGUGAGCGCGGACUUGCUAAAGUUCUUUCAGCGAAUGGCUAUUGCAGCUCUCAAGUCCUCGGUUGAAUGAGUUUCCACAAAUCGGUUACCAAUUACCCGCCCCCGUACUCGAGCUGUGUUGAGCACAUAUCCAUACUCGUCACUGGCAUAGAUACAGCUCCAGUCACAGCAUAACACCAAGCAUCACAUAAAAAGGCGAACAUAUACCAGAGAUCCCAAAGUUAACAAAAAGAGUUGUCGAACCCCUCCCCCUUGGCGAAAACAAAGAGUAAGGAAAUGCUUCUGUACGGCCAGAGUGAGAUCUGCUGGGAAAACUCACUGGCGACAUGGGAUCUGCUUCAUCCUUGAACGGCGAGUAACUUCACUGCGGAAUACUGUAUUUGCCUGGAUCCAGACACACUGUCGGUCAUGAAGGGCUCUGUGGUGGGGGCGGAUCAUUUAACUAUCCGGAUCUUUUCUGAUACAUGGAUAAUUUAUUAAACCGUCAUUAAAGUUUGUUGGACUGACCAAAUCCGUGGAUUGUGGAAGUAACAUCGGUUUUGCUGACUAGCUGAUAUAAACAUGAAUGGAAGAUCAUGUAAUAUUAACCACCGGGGGACGAGGACUCCUCAAGGACCAGCCUUAAUCAAUGGACAACAGAUCCCCCCAAUCAGAAUUCAGACAGAAACACCGUGCCCGUCUUCAAACAGUGCUACACCGAGUCCUGCCGCUGGAAUGCUCGCCAAUAAUAUGCACAGGAAGCUGUCAAUGAACGGCUGCCAGCAUCCUACCGCAACACCUCAAAACACCAGCAUGCCCGAAAAUGGCAUCCACUUACCCGCUUUAAGUCCGAGAAGGCAAGUCGUAUCAAAACCGAUCUUUCCAGUAUCCCAGCCAGCAGGCCAUUCAACACCCCUUUCCUCAAAACCAAAAUCCAUGGAAUUUGGAAGCAUUCUUGCAAACAGCAAUGUGAAAGGGAAUCCUGGGUUUGGACCACAAUGCAAAGCAAUUGGGAAAGGCACCAGCAACAAUCUAGUGGUUACAAGCAGUCCCAUGACAGUCCAGCGAACAGAGCUUCUACAAAGCCAAGCAAUCGUCCCUGGCAACCACCUUAAUCAGGCAAUAUGUCGUCACAUGAACCCCAACCUAAACAUUUCUGCUACAGAUACAAGAUCGAUUACUUCAGGUGGAUCAGUAGACUCAAAUGCAGUAAGUCUUAUAGAAAGCCAGUCAACCUUGAAUGUGAAGCAAGAGUGGCCACAUGGUUACCCAAUCCUUCCAUCACUCCCAUCAAACCAAGGUUCCCAGAAUGGCAGUGAGCUAGGGGAUGUGCUGAGUAUACCACCUGGAACUGCCAUGUCAAGUAACAGCACCUCAAACUCUUUACCUUCUUAUUUGUUCGGGAAUGAAAAUAGCUCACGCAAUUCUGCCCGAUCUAAUUCUGCUCGAUCAAGAAAAAGAGGACUUUCCACCUCGCCCUUUUCAGAUGGAGUUGGAAUCGAUGUCAUCAUUCGUACAUCUCCAACAUCAUUAGUAGCAUAUAUCAAUGGGUCCAGAGGCUCCCCAGCUAAUGUUUCUCCUCAGCCUGAGGUAUGUGGGCAUUUUCUGGGGGUGAGAGGUAGUUGCAUCCCUCAAGCCUACAAUGCAACCGGUAAAGAACGAAAUCUCUUUACUUUUGCUGAUCUAGAGGCCAGCAAUGGUGUGUACCAAAGAAUGCAGCAGCUGGAGCACUCUCCAUUGCACCCCAUGGUGAUGAACAACAUGGUUGUUCAGCAGGGUAUUUCGGUGAUUGGUAAUCAGCAAUAUGAUGCAUUUAAAAAUGAGCAACUGGAUGAAUUCUCCUCUGGGAUGGAGAUCCCUGCACUGCCCCAAGGUCCUCCACCGCCAUAUCAUGCUCACCGGCACGUUAUGACCCACUUGCAUUCACAUGGGCAACCAUCUCUACAAGGGACCCAGCUGGAUGAGGAUGGUGAGCCAUCAAGAAUUAACGGGAAGCACUGCUGCCGAUGGAUAGACUGCAAUGCAAUAUAUGAUGAGCAGGAGGAGCUUGUACGACACAUUGAAAAGGCACAUAUAGACCAGCGUAAAGGAGAAGACUUUACUUGCUUCUGGGCUGGCUGCCCACGUAGAUACAAGCCAUUUAAUGCUCGCUAUAAGCUGUUAAUCCACAUGAGGGUGCAUUCAGGAGAAAAGCCAAACAAGUGUACGUUUGAAGGCUGUAAUAAGGCAUUUUCAAGACUGGAAAAUCUCAAGAUUCACCUACGAAGUCAUACAGGAGAAAAGCCUUACCUUUGUCAACAUCCAGGCUGCCAAAAAGCUUUUAGCAACUCCAGUGACCGUGCCAAGCACCAGAGAACACAUCUAGACACUAAACCAUAUGCAUGUCAGAUCCCUGGCUGUACUAAACGGUAUACUGAUCCAAGCUCGCUCAGAAAACACGUGAAGGCCCACUCCACAAAAGAACAGCAGGCUAGAAAGAAGUUACGAUCCAGUAACGAGCCGGAUCGGGACAUGCUGAAUGACUGCCUCACUAUUCAACCACUGCAGCCUGCUACGUCACCGCAAGAUGCUGUGGACAGCGCUCUGGGUCGAUCACCAGGGCCCCCUCAUGACAUGUAUUCAGGAAUGUUUCCCAGUGCCCAUUCUAGCCGAUGUGGAACAGCAGCAGCCAUCAUUCCUUCUUCUCAUCCUCCCAGCCAUCCGUCCCCUGUACACAAUAUGCAAGGAAGCCCCCACAAUCCUCAGACACAGCUACCUUCCCUCCCAGUGGUAGAAGAGAGCAAUGAGAGAUUUGCGGCCUCAGCUCCUUCUCCUCACCACAUCAGUCCCAGGAGAGUCGCUGCACCUCCUCCGUUGAUGCAUAGGAGAACGCCACAGCCAUCCCAAGUACAACAAUUUUCAGGAUCCCACCUUAAACCUUAUCCCCCAAUCACAGCCUCUUCAGCACAACCUAGCAACCUCCAUGUCCAAGGUUAUUAUGGCCAGUUGCAAACUUUCUACCCACCCCAAUACAGUGAAGCUUCUAGAACUAUGCGCCAAGCCAGUCCUCACAACAUGGUAUCACCACUUGAAGACUGUUUGUUUCCCACAACUGUGGGACAAGCUGGAUUUGAUGCCUUCCACAGAGCAUUGUCUGCUCACCCCAGCUUUCCGGCUUAUGACUUUCAAACAACGUCCCCUGGGAUUUUCAGUGACUCGGUACGGAAUUGUCCUGAAGACAACGGUUUCCUCCAAAUUAAUGCAAUUGAUCGCUGCCCUAGUCAGCUGUCUUCCAUUUACACUGAAAGUUGAAAACAAGAACAAAAAGAACUACAAUGAGACAAUCCUUCACAUUUUAUUCUUUCAUUUUAAACAAAUUCUUAAACUGGUACUCAAGACGUUAUUCUGGUGAAUUCAAAUUCUACACCUCUACCUCUCUCAAAGAAAGUGUGCUAUUCACAUAAACCUGCGGCUGAGAGGAGAAAAGUGGAAGUACUUCACAGAAGUGAAAUAGCAAAGGAAGCAAACACAUGCUAAUCCAUCUAUUGCCAUAUUACAAACUGCUUCUGAAAAAGUAAAGGGAAUUCACAAUUUAUAUGAAGGGUUGUAUGUUGUUUUUGGUGUGAUCUUGCUUUUGUAACUAAUCUAUUAUGUUUCUUUCCUUAAACACAAAUACAGCAAAAAAAAUGUGUUUUCACUAUUAUCACAAUUGAAUAGAAAUUGUGCUUCCACACUAAGGAAACUGCAAUUAGCACAGUGUAUCAGUCACCCAUUUCCUUUUACAAUGGGUGCUGGUACUUGGGUGAAAGCUCCAAGUAAAGAUGAUACAAACAUAAUCUUAACUUUUUUAAACAAAAUAUUGGAGCAUACUACUGAAACAAGUAUCACUGUUUGUGAAGAGAAGUUUCCAGAACAGAUCAGUUUUGUUAUUUUUGUUUUGUUUUGCGCUAUCUCCUAUUUACAUACUGUAUGUAUUACUAAGUUCACUAUUUUUAUACAUAUUUUCUAAAAUAUUUUUUAUUUCUUCACUAUUCAAAUUGUAAGUGUAUAAAUUUAUAUUUUCCAGGCUAGACUAUUUUUCCAAGUCUCUUGCACAAAAUUUAAAAGAUCAGAGUUUUUUUUCUUUACAAAAUUUGGCACUAAAUGAUCAAGAAAAGGUUAAGUUUCUUGUUCCCUAAAUUCAGAGCUCUGUUGCAAAAUGCUUUUACAAGUUUGUUUCAUUAAAAACAAAAGAAAACAGAGAAAUUCAUAAUUCUCACAAUGUGAGUUGUGAGCAUUCUACUAUAUGGACAUUGUGAAAUAAGUAAAAUGUUAUAUCCUUGUUGAUCCAUCAUAGAUGUAUUAAUCAGCACUGUCCCUAUCUGAGACUGCAUCUUACUGGAAAAUAAAUAAUAUUUGAACAAUGCAAAUUAUUAUUAAUACAUAAUUCUGCUAGAUGGUUGAGCAGAUCAAGAAACACCCUGUAACUGGUCAAUCUUCAGAACAUUGCUGGUCAAUUGAUACCUUCUAAUCUUCCUUUUAUUCUCAACUUCUUUGCCUAGGACAGUUUGGCAAACCACCCAUCUCAUUCAUAUGCAAAGGAAUUGUUGGAUUUUUUUUUACCAUUAAGAGAGAUUUCUGUUUUUUUUUACUUUUUCAUUCCCAACCAAAUACAUUCUUUUUCUUUAGAUUUCUUUCUGCAUUUUAUUCUUCAUCCUUCAUUUUCUUUCUUGGCCUCCAAUAGAUAAGUGAUCUCAUUACUUACAAAUAACACAGCUUUCCCAGAUACCCUCCCCACCAAUUAUCAGCUUUCACUUCCAAAAAAAAUAAAAAGGAAACCUUUUCAAUUAGAUUAAGAAAAUGCUGCAGCUCAACUGUUACAGGAUGUUCUAUUCCAGCAAGGUGUAGCCCACAGUCUAUAACAGAGUGGAAAAAUUUGCAAUUGUUUAUUUUCAAAUUCAGUUUCAUUCUUUAUCAUUGAAACAAAACUAAAAAGGUAUAAGAAAUAACCAAGCAUCUUACCGGUUCUUCUAGAAAUGGAGAAGAAUUGUACAGGAAUAAGAUAACUCCAAGUGAUACCUAAACAACAUUCUUUGCUGCACCCUUUAAACAAAUCCUGCACUCAAACUGGCACUAUCGACCCUGAAUCAGAACAUUACCACGUCUUGAAAAGCAGAACGAUAAUGAGUUCACAAUAUGAUUAGUUACUCGUACAAAUGAUAAUACUAUUCUCCUCUACCUUCGGGUAGCAGUAUUCUUCUCAAAAUCUGUAAACACGUAGCAAAGUCUCUGUUGACCCUAAUCAUUAUAUUUGUUCAAGAUGGCUAGAGGAAAAAAGAUCAGUUUGUAUUUACAUGAAUUAGAAGAAUGUAUUCUUUAGAAUACACAAUCACUUUUAUACUUGGGCAAAAUUUUGUGAUGUCACAUCAGGGGAAGAUUUACAUCAAGCAGUUGCCAGCUUACUGUUUCUUUCAUUGAAAAAGCAGAGUGCAAAGCCCUUUAUAACAUAUGGUAUUCUAUGUUGAUCUCAUAAAAUAUUCACCUCUUCCCAAAAAAGAAAAAAUAACCUAUGAGAUAAAUGUCUAAUUCUCAGAAAAUUGAUAAAUUGGAUAACGUGUGCAAUCUUAAAUAGUUUACAUAAUAUACAUUUUUAUAUGCAAAGUGGAAUUGGGGAAGAAUGAAAAGAUGUUUAAUUUCACAAGUGCCAUUGUUUUAUAACUUGUGCAUGAUGUGCCCUAUUUUACAUUUUAAAAUAUUAUGACGUUUAUACACAGGGUGUAGAUUCGUAAACAAGAAGACUUUUUAUAAGAUGAAUCAUAGUAACUUCAUUGGAUAUAAUUUAGUGUUUGAUGAUCUGAGUUGCUUUAGAAACCCAAUAAACAAUUUGAACACCGAAGUUGGUUGAAGCUAACACCCAGAAAUAACAGUGAAAACCUUUUGGUAUCUUGUGAACUGCUGCUUCAGGGUGCUACAUUAUCAACUUAAAAACGUGUCUUUUAUUAAUGCAGGCUUAGCUUUUAUAAUGGAGGACACAUUUUGUGGAAGAAAGAAGUCAAUGGUAUCGUGGCCACUAGACAAGAUGGUAACUCAAACUUAAGAAUAAAAUGUUCUUAGUGUUUCUUCUUGCACACAACAUGCUGUCCAUCAUGCAUAAUAAACAAUUUUAUAACUUUAAAAAUUAUUAUUCAUGCAGUAUUUCCUUAGCUUUGCUUUAAGAUUUGCUAUGUUUUCCUUGUCUUGGUCCAGAUGAACUUCAUAACGCUUCUGCCAGAGCACUGCAAUCUGCCAGUAUUCGAGUAGUCCUAUAUAUCACUAGCCAUGCUAAUUUACCAUCUUUCAACUGAAUCAGGCACUGUACAAACAAGAAUCUCUCACUUGUGUCACAGAACAUUAUUCCCCUAAAAAUCAGCAUAAAUGCAUUGGCUAAAGUCAUUGUUUUUUUAAUUAAGAUUAUUACCUAUUCUAUCAUUAUUUGAUUGUCAUUGAAAACUACUGCAUAGAAACAGAUCUUUUAUCCCUCCAUACCCUUUUCAUUCAAGUACCUAUCCAAACUUCUCUUAUAUGUUGAAAUAGUGCUUGCAGGCACUACUUGUGCUGGCAGUUCAUUCCACGUUCUUAUGAACCCAAGUGAAGAAGUUUUCCCUCGGGUUCCCCUUAAAUUUUUCACCUUUCACCCUUAAUCCAUGACCUUUGGUGGUAGUCCCACCCAACCUCAGUGGUAAAAGCCUGCUUGAAUUCACCUUAUAAGACCGCAAAUAACAGAACUCCACACAUCACAUUUCUGUAAUGUGCAGCCUUUUGAAAUGCAGCCAGGUGUCAUUUAAUCACGUUAAUUUACUUUAUCAUCUGUUCCACUGUGUUUAGCCUUCAGUAAGGAUGUUUGCUUUAAAACCGAGUUCAUAAAGUUAACAGUUUCUUACACCUACUGUGAUGGGAGAAUUAUGGAGUAUCAAAAUUGAGACAUGUUAGAAGUCCAAAAUUAUAGUAAGUCUAAUUUUGCUUCAAUAAUGCAACUUAUCCUCCUCAGAAGAAAUUUAUGUCCCUUUUAUAUGCUGCUGUCAUGAUUCAGAUCAGUUCAGGUGCUGUUUUCAAUUUUUUUAGUCUUCAUUCCUAUUGUUCUAUAAAGUUCACGAUACAAAGUUGUUUCCUCUGGAUGGCAUUAGGUUGUGCUCAAAAGCAUAACAAUGCUAUUUUCCCCAAUGAGACUAUUAAUCAGAUAAAAAAACACAAUUCUCCAUGUUAAAACAUGCUUAAAUAAAACAAUCUGUACAUAAAUUGGAGCAUUCUACAUAAUAUAGAUCUGGGAGCACUUUUAAAUAGAAAAUGAUGUGGAAAUGUAUAAUGUUUUUUGCAUGGUUUUAUAGAGCUUGUAUAUAUUUCAUAUACCUUUGCUUGUAGAUUUUUAAUUGCAAAUUUGAUUGUAUAUUUGGUUGAUUUUCUUGUCCAAUACUACACUUACAAUAUGUUGUAAAUUAUGUUGCUACAGCUUGAAUCUUAAGACGGUUAAUCACUACAUCUUAAUUAACAUAUAAUGUAGUCUUGUGGUUUGUUAUAACUUUGAUAAAUUAUUUUUUUCAUGUUCUUAUUAUUCUUUUGCUUUAAGUUGUUCACUAUUUUGGGCACAAAAUAAAUCUCAGAAUGAUUUCCCUGAAAAUGGUACAAGAUUGAAACUGGAUCUCUGUCAGCACUUAAACAACAGUAAUGCACCAAUGAAGGAUAUACAGAAAAAUAAAGUAGUCUUUUCACUUGUUUUACUAUUAAUACCGAGGACUCAUGCAAUUUUCUUUUUAUAAUCAAAAACAGAAUUAUCCUUUAAGGUCUUUGCUAAUGAGGCUUUUGUUUUAAUUCCUGGCACAAGUUAUAGGACUGGAAUUGAUUUGAAGUGUAGAUUAUAUUGCUGUGAAAAUAACUGUCAUAAAACUGUGGCACCUGGAAUGGACUGUUUGCAAAUUUUGUCCUAUGGGAAUU